GAUGUCAUUUUUCAAAAGCACCAGCAGGUGGUACUGUCAUACACACCAAAUUUAAACCCAAAACAAGAAAUUAAAAAAAAAAAAAAAGAAAAAAGAAAAAUCAGAAGGAGAAAAGCGAGGAGAUCUGCCUGCCAGGACAUCUCAAUUUGCACAAGCCUACAGCUUCUUCCUCCUUCAUCUCUCCCCGAUCUGAUCGGACCUUGCCUCUGCUCUGUUUGUCCAUGGUUUAAUUGGAUGAGAUUUGAGGUUGUUAUUUUUUGGGGAUUUGGAGGGUUAAAUGGCGUCGGCGCAGGUGUUGCCAAGCUCACGGAAGCAAGAGCAUCUUGAAGCCGGAAAGAGACGGCUGGAAGAGUUCCGUAAGAAAAAAACAGCAGACCGAGCCAAAAAAGCUGCAGCCACAAGUCAACCUCUUUCUUCUGAUGUUAUUGUAGAUCAGAAACAACCUUUAGAGGCUGAACGUGUAAGGGUUACAGAUUCAGAUGGAGCUGGUACAUCUGAUGGACCUGGCAGACCUAUUGAACCAUAUAAUGGAAUUAUCAACAAUGACAGCAACAUAACUAAUAGUAGUACAAAAGCAGAGCAAAAUUUUUUGGUAGGUGCAGUUGCUAAUCGUCCAUCAAAGAGUGAUUCCAAGACAUCUUUGGCAGAUCUAGUUCAGAGACACACAAAUAAUCAUGGAUUUAAGAGAUACGAUGCCUCAGGAUUUUCUGAAAAUCAUGAUUUUGAGGGCUAUCAUACCUCAGGAUUUUCUGGAACAGGUGUUGAUAAUGGCCGAGGGACUGAUGAAAUGAGUAAUGACUCCAAAACAUAUACUGGGAGCCAAGGUCAAGUGCCAUAUGGGAAAUUUUCAGACCAUUCUAUUGCACCACACUCACAAGAAGGAAAAGGUUUUGAUAGCAGUUAUAGUCAAUCUACUCCAUUCCAGUCAACGGAAAAAAACAGUUUUUUGAAGGAUAAUGCAUUUAGCUCAACUCAAAAUUCUAGUGUAUAUGGGAGAGAUGUGCAAACAUUUGAAUCAAUUGGUUUCAGUUCAGAUAUUAGGAGCUCCACAAAUCUUGUUCAACUAUUUCCAGGAACAUCUGAACCUAACCCUAGGAGAUCUCGACCAUCCUUCCUUGAUUCACUUAUUGUUCCUAGAGCUCCUUCAACUUUCCAAAGUACUGAACCACAAAAUCAGGACAUAAAAUCAGAUGGCAUGGAUGAUCUAGGAUCAUCUGCUUUCCAGAAGCCAUCAGGACAGAAUGAAAAUGUGGGACAGCAUUUGGUGAAAUUUUCUGUACCCUCUAGCAAUGGGUUUGAUCUAAUGACCCAGAAUGUUAAUGAGAAUAGCUUGGAGAGAAAGCAUGAGCUAUAUUCAUCUAAACAGAAUGAAGAUUUUGCUACUUUGGAACAGCAUAUUGAAGACUUGACCCAAGAAAAAUUCUCUUUGCAACGAGCUCUUGAAGCUUCUCGUGCUUUGGCAGAGUCCCUGGCUGCUGAAAACUCAUCAUUGACAGAUAAUUAUAACCAACAGAGAAGUGUUGUCAACCAAUUAAAAUCCGACAUGGAGAAAUUGCAGGAGGAAAUCAAGGCCCAUUUGCAGGUGGAACUUGAUUCUGUCAAAAUGGAAUAUGCAAAUGCAAAACUUGAGUGUAAUGCUGCUGAUGAACGUGGAAAGAUUUUGGCUUCUGAGGUUAUUGGUUUGGAAGAGAAGGCACUCAGACUAAGGUCUAAUGAACUAAAGCUGGAGAGGCAAUUGGAGAACUCACAUACUGAAAUUGCUUCAUACAAAAAGAAAAUGUCCAGCCUAGAGAAAGAUCGUCAGGACUUGCAAUCAACAAUUGAUGCUCUUCAAGAAGAGAAGAAACUAUUGCAAUCCAAGUUACGGAAAGCUUCAGGAAGUGGAAAGUCUAUUGAUGUUAGCAAGAGUUGCAACAAUAAAAAGGAUAUGUCAACGACUACAGAAGAUUUAGAUGCCAUCCCUUAUACUUCGAACCAGGAAACAAAUGCGCCUUCACUUGUUGGAAGUGAAACCCCUGGUUUUCCCAUGCUACCUGAAAAUGACCAGUCAAAUAUUGAAGUUUCAUCUGUGUAUAUUCCUCCAGAUCAGAUGAGGAUGAUUGUAAACAUUAAUACGCUAAUUUCGGAGUUAGCAAUAGAAAAGGAAGAGUUGAUACAAGCUUUGGCAUCCGAGUCAUCUCAACGUUCUAGGCUUAAGGAUUUAAAUAAUGAGUUGUCACGCAAGCUCGAGGCUCAGACUCAAAGAUUAGAGCUUUUGACUGCUCAAAGUAUGGCAAAUGAGAAUGUCCCGUCAAGGUUAACUGAUUCUCGUACUACACAGGACAAUACUGCAUAUGCAGACGAGGGUGAUGAGGUGGUUGAAAGGGUUUUGGGGUGGAUAAUGAAGCUCUUUCCUGGAGGGCCAUCAAGACGAAGAACCAGCAAACUUCUUUGAUAUGCGAAUCUGAAUUGAUCAUUAAAUGAAGAUGCUUAGUUCUGGUUUUAUUCCUCGCUGCUUCCUUCCCUUUGUUUUGGCAACACAACCGAGGUCGUAAUCUGUAUAUUUUGAGUUAAUUAUACCAUCAUUCUUUUGUAACGGAUGAGAAAAUAGUGUUAAGAAGCCUUCCCAAUUAUUUGGCAAAUCCAGUUGUCAUUUUUUAGAUAGAUGACAAUAAGAAAGUGCUUUGUUGCUGUAAUUGGUUUAUAUUUGGACAAACAAAAUUUUAGAGGGCAUUUGUCUGGCUAUGGAACGGAUUGAAAGCACUGAUAUACAGAAAAAAUGAGAAACAUCAGUGUG